CCAGGACACCAGGGGGCGGGAAAGCUGGCGCAGUACCGGGCAAGUGGCCGGGGGAAGAGCCGGACCGCUGCCGAUGUUAGGGAAGGUUGCUCUGCGCCUGUUUCCCAGGCCGGCCCGAAGGUGCUUACGGGCCGAGAGUCAGUGUCCCGGGGAGCCCUUGGCCCAGCCAACAUCGGACUACGGCGAAGUUUUACACCGGGCGUCUCUGUACGUCCAUUGGCCAUUCUGCAAGAGGAGGUGUACCUAUUGUAACUUUAAUAAGUACAUCUCCCCCAAUGUUGAUCACAAUGCUAUGAGGGACGGCCUUGUACAGGAGACAGAAACCCUGCUCCGCGACAGCCAAGUGAAGGAGAUCACUUCAGUGUUCUUUGGUGGUGGAACACCAAGCCUAGCCAAGCCAUCCACAAUUGCCAGCAUCUUAGAAACUGUUGCCAAGGCAAGUUGCCUCAGUCACAACGUGGAAGUCACCUUGGAGGCCAAUCCCACAUCAGUCUCAACAUCCAAACUUGCUGAAUUUAAGAAGGCUGGAGUGACAAGGAUCUCCAUUGGGAUCCAGGCUUUACGUAACUAUGACCUGAAGAUUCUGGGAAGAGAUCACACAGUUCAGGAAGCCGUUUGGAGUUUGGAAGAAGCCAGAAAACUUUACCCUGGUUGCACAUCUGUUGACAUAAUAUUUGGUCGCCCAGGACAGAGCUUAGAAUUGUGGGAGGAAGAGCUGGAGGAGAUUCUAACUCUUUGUGACCAUCAUGUGUCUCUUUAUCAGCUGACAUUGGAGAGAGGAACCGCCCUUUUCAAACAGGUCCAAGAAAAGGUUGUGAGCAUGCCCGAACAAGACGUGGUGGCAAACAUGUACCAUGCAGCAAGGAGUAUUCUGGAAAAGGCUGGAUUCCAUCAGUACGAAGUGUCAAACUUUGCUAAAAAUGGAGCUGUGAGCCUCCAUAAUCUGGGAUAUUGGAAAGGAAUGCAAUACCUUGGUGUAGGCCCAGGUGCCCAUGGCAGGUUUGUACCAUGGGGUGAAGGUAAAACACAGAGAGAAGCAAGGAUACAGACACUGGAACCAAAUAAUUGGCUCAGGGAGGUGAGACAAUUUGGUCAUGGAACCAGGAAGCGAGUACAGCAAAGUGAGUUGGACAUCUUAGAAGAAAUGCUGGUGAUGGGACUCCGAAUGAACGAAGGACUCGCCCAUCAGUGUUGGCGACAGUAUUCGCCUUUACUCGGUCUGGAGGAGGUACUGGGGGAUUCACCUGAAGUGCAGCGGUACCUGCAGGAGGAACUGCUCAUCCUCGAUGACAGGGGUUUGCGAUGUUCGUGGAAAGGCCUGGCUUUCCUCGACAGCCUACUGCCCUCCCUUCUACACCAGCUACAACAUUCAUACCGGAACUCAGCUUCUCAAUGCUUUUGACUUGUUCCUCGCUCAAACUCGUCAGAACUGAGACCAACAUCAGCUCGCAUUCAAGGACAGGAACAGACAAUGGUUUAAAAAAAGAAUGUUCAAGGAAGUGCAAUUGGAAAUACACUAAGUGAAAGCGAGAGGUGUUAGAGAGGGUGAAGGAUUCACUUCCGAAGACCAAAUUGCCAGGGGUGGGGUGGGGGAUGGGUUUGGGGAAGGAGUUCCAGAAUUUAUAGUUAAAAGUUUGCAAACUUCACACCCCAGUUUGUUCCCAGGUACCUGACAACCAGUAAGCAACAUCUGGAGAGCAGAGACUCUUAUCUUGGUCAAACGGAACAUUCCCACUUGUGUCCAUGGAACUAAUAUAGCAACUCUGCUGACUUGGGAUUUGGAUGCAAGCCUUGUGUCAAAUAAACUACUGUUUUGAAUCUGUUAGAUUAGUUUACAAAUUAAUAAAAACAUUUUUAAUCUAA